UUGUUUUCAGCAGAACUCAAGACACUCUUUUAUUCCUUUGUUGUUGAUUUAAGUUCAAUCAAGCAUUUUAUCGACAGCAAACGAGUAAUAAUAUCAUAGCUGUACAGCUUUUGAUGACAUGUUGUGUUGUUUAUCGUUGUUGUGUAAGUUUAAAGCUGCAAGUCUUCUCUAAAAGUGUCCUUUCCCACCUCUUCCAGUGGGCGGAGGACUAUGAAUAAAGAGCUGAAGAUGAAGGCGACAAUAAACCAGAAGCUGACAGAGAUGGGAGAACGGGAGAGGCUGAAGGAGCUACUGAGAGCAAAGCUCACUGAGUGUGGGUGGACGGACCAGAUGAAGGCGCACUGCAAAGAGGUCAUCAAAGAAAAGGGUCUGGAGCACGUCACCGUGGAGGACCUCGUUGUGGACCUGACUCCAAAAGGAAGAGCCUUGGUGCCAGACAGUGUGAAGAAAGAGCUCCUCCACAGAAUAAGAGCCUUCCUCGCACAGCACGCCAACUGAUCACGUCCCUGUAACACGGUUUUAUAGAAUUCUAUUUUUAUGGAGAAUUUGAAAUAACUUUUGUGUCUUUUUAGUCUGAAUUUUCAAUAACCUGCUGUAUUUUAACUAACUCUUCAUUAUAGUAGAAAUGAGCUUUUUGCAUGUUUUCGUGCUUUGUUUUUAAUAUGAAACUUCUGUUUUUUAGAGUCAUCAAAAUUAUUUGAAUAAAAUGUGAA